CUCCGCCUUAGGUUAGGUUUCACCUCUCCGCAUCUCCCCAUCUUUGUUCGCACCGCCGGCGAGCAGCGGCAGAAAUCUCCUCCCAGCGCGACCAUGUUCAAGAAGUUCUCUUUUGAAGAUAUAUCUGCGCAGAAUCAAGUCAAGGCCUCUGUACAGCGAAAGAUUAGGCAAAGUAUUGCUGAUGAGUACCCUGGCCUUGAACCUUUGCUAGAUGACUUACUUCCAAAGAAGUCGCCUAUGAUUGUUGUUAAAUGCCAAAACCAUCUGAAUCUUGUGGUGGUGAAUAAUGUCCCACUGUUUUUCAACAUCCGUGAUGGUCCUUACAUGCCAACCUUGCGCCUUCUUCAUCAGUAUCCUGAGAUCAUGAAGAAAUUCCAAGUGGAUAGAGGUGCUAUCAAGUUUGUUCUCUCUGGUGCAAACAUAAUGUGUCCUGGAUUGACAUCUCCUGGAGGUGCCUUGGAUGAUGAAGUUGAGGAGGAAACACCGGUGGCUAUAAUGGCUGAAGGAAAACAACAUGCAUUGGCGAUUGGAUAUACAAAGAUGUCAGCAAAGGACAUUCGGACUAUCAACAAAGGAAUUGGAGUUGAUAAUAUGCACUAUCUAAAUGAUGGCCUGUGGAAGAUGGAACGGCUCGAAUAAGUUAAAUCCACUGAGGGAAGCAUAAUUUGCUGCAUGGCCAUGUCGGAAUAUAAUGAGUGCUGGAAUUAUGUAUCUAGGCAUCUGGUGUCUUGUAAGCAGAUGAAAUAGCCAGCAGCACCAUGUGCCUCGAGUUUACUGUAACCAUCAAGUUUUGGAGAUGUGUGGCAAAACACUGAUUGAUAAUACAGUGCUCAAACGCUUCAGUUGGUAUUUUCUGCCCAGAUCAUUCUAAAAUACUGGU